ACCUUUUUCUCUUUUUCAACUUUCUAAAGGCAGUUGCCUCUCUGUCCAUAAUUCCAUAAAUAGCUUUAUAAGGUUUCUCUUAUCCUCUCUUUCUCUCUCCCUCUCUCUAUUGCGAGCCCGAGAAAGGUAAAGGCAAAUCUUUCUCUGCAGAGACAAGGAAGCCUUCUUUCUCUGCAAGAGAAAGGAGAGAGUUUUGUCUUCGGAUUGUAGAUAGAAAAGAGUUUUGCCCAGUGAAGAGAAACCGGACAGCAGGAGUGGAAGGAAAAAUUCUGGAGGAAGCAAAGCUCCGAUGUCGACGAUUCCGAUUCACAGGGCUGAAUUCCUGACAUUUCCCCGUCUGGGUUUUUCAAAUCAUCGCAAAUUUCAAAGAAUCACGGCCUCUUGGAAAAUGGCAAUGGAUUCGAAAUCUUCUUCUUAUACAAGGAAGAAGGAAGAGCUCUUGGUGGAGAUUCCAAAGCCGUCGAUUCCUCAAUUGGAAUCGUCGACGCCGUCCGAUCUCCGGUUCGAUCGGCUGCAGCCAUCGGAUAAGGAAUUAGUUCAAGAGAAAAGAUUUCAAUUCGGACAGUUCGUGGCGCGAGAGGCCGUGCUCGAUGAAGAGUAUUGGACAGCAGCAUGGCUACGAGCAGAGACUCACUGGGAAAAUCGAACAAACGAACGAUAUGUUGAUAACUUCAAAAGGAAAUUUGCUGAUCAGGAAUUUAAUGUCAUAAAAAGCCGAUGCAGAGGGCCACCGGGGCAGAAAUACACAUGUAUUGUCACGGUUAAGAAGGAAGUGAGGAAUGCGAAACGAACCGUGCUGAAAAGUGUAGUUGGAACCCUUGAUUUGAACAUCCGGUAUUUGUUGCAUGGAGAGACUUUCCCUGGGGAACGGGUGAAAGCUCCUCUCUUCUGCAGCUCAAACAGAUAUGGCUAUGUUGCAAACUUAUGUGUAGCCAAAUCUGCACGCCGCCAGGGUAUUGCAAGGAACAUGCUGCAUUUUGCCAUUGAAUCGGCCAAAUCAGAUGGUGUGGAACAGGUAUAUGUGCAUGUGCAUAGAAGCAACAUGCCUGCACAGGAACUUUACCAAAAGAUGGGAUUUGAGAUGGUCGAAGAGGCAAGCUCUCAAUUGUUAGAAGAUCAAACUUACUUGCUUUGUGUCAAGACAUAGGAACUCUUUCAACACAAAUUAUUCUUUUUUUUUUCUUUUGUGUGAUGACAGCAACCAAUAUAUUGUACACAGAUUGUAGCAUACUUCAUGUUAAAUGUUUACAGGCAAUCCAGAAUUGCGGCGGUGAUUCCCAAGUUCCUCCUGUAAUGUAAGAAUGACCGAUAAGCCAUUAUUGCCUGCUAAAGGCAACAUUGUUAUAUAUAAUGUGAUGUAUUUAUAAACUAAUUGUAAGAUUUCUUGCUUCCAAGAGAAUAUGGUCUACUUUUUAA